AUGGCGCCGACGUGGGUAUCUCGUUUCACCCAUCACAAUAACCGGCCCCCGGGCGCAGAAAGCAAUUCGGCACCCCAGCUAUCACCAGGCCUUGAUCCAGACACGUUAUUACUUCCUCCAGAUCAAUCUACAACACAGUCAAGGCCUAUCCCAGCCCGUCGUGGCCAUUCUCGGUCUACCAGCAAUCCGUUUCCGGCUUUUUUUGCAGGACAAGGAAGAAGGGCCCGCGGCGGGAGUAGAGACAUCAUAGAUUCCGACUCUACAGACGGUGACGAUGGAUUACAUCCAGUCAUUACGAAUGCGCGCUCCUGCAGCCCUCAGAAGCGAGCUGGCUCCGACAGCCAUAUGGACCAAUACCGGAAACGCAAAUGUAUGACAUGCGAUCAUACCAACGCAUUCCCUUACACCAAAAAGGGAUUCCGGUGUGGGAAAUGCGCAACGAUGAAUGAUUUGGAACCUUACCGCAGCAGCAGAUCGCGGCGUAGCAAGCCAGACGAAAAACUGCGGCCGGACAAUAUUCAGCAACCUCAAGCUAGGGUUACCAUAGAGGAAACUCGGAGUAUAAUCGAGCGAUGCCUCACUUCAUACCUUUCCGCCCAGCUUGGUGAGAAUCGAGUCCGUCAACCGCAGUCGAAGAUAGACAAUAGCCAUCUUGGGAAAGAUAAAGCCGAUCCAUCUGAACAGGGCCUGGUAUCCCCUGAGUGUGACAAAAAUGACAGAAAUACACCGUCCGUGCUGGUGUCUGAUGUGUCCUCUGCCCCCAGAAACUCGCCUCAAUCCAACGCCAAAGCUGCUGACAGGGGAAUUCCCUAUAAGCCUACCAAUGACGCACACGACAAUCGGCUGGACCAAAGACGUAGGGACGCAGAGACUGACGCGAAUGGCCCGGCAAAUACCGUAUUCCAUGCAUUAGAACAAUAUAUAACGACUUGCUUUGAUGGCUGUGAUACCCUCAACAACUCGUUUAUUACGGGCAGGACCCGUUAUCUUCGUGCGGCGAGUGAGGGCUCAAAACCAUCAGUGGGUAGAAAAGCCUCCGUAUCUUCAGCCAACCCUGAAGAGUACCAUGUACCCAAUCUUGACGAGAAGACAAUUCUCCUUGGUAAUAUUGCAGAGAAUGGAUCAUGGUGGGCGGAAAAUCAACGGUCACCAAAAAGCCAAUCACCAAGCAAUGGUAACUCGCCCAAAUCAUACGGAACGAAAGCCAGUCUCACCAACUCAAGGUCACCUCGAAUCAAUUGGCCAGAGCUUCUGGAAUGGUACUAUCUUGUCAUACGUGCAGGCGAGUCUUGGGAGGAUAUGGUCCCAUGUUUACCUGAUAUCAGAAACGCUCCAAGCGAGCCGAAUUCAUCUUCUACUAAGGACUUGGCAAUUCUGGCUCAAGUUAACGAAGUAAUAAUGGAGUCACAGUUUAUGGUUCGAAAGACACUGCUUCGAGCCACAGAGAAACUACUCCAGCGACCAAAAAGGCCACUCAUGCGGCCAGAUGAUACCCGGUUCUUGCUUAUAUUGAUUGAAAACCCGCUUCUAUACUCUUCCGGCUCUAUGCCUAGAACCCCAUCUGGAGUCUCGCCUACCAUGACGAGGACUCGCAGCAAUCAAAAGCCACCUGGUCCAUCUACUUCACCGUCCAGCAACCCCUCCCCUGGGAAAAGCGGCCGUCUUCAACCAUCCCCAAGCUGUAAUGAGCUAUCAAGCCUCAGAUAUUCCUCCCUAAAAAGGCUUUUUGGAUUGAUCUCCAACCUGCCUAACGAAUGCCAUCACUCAUUUGUUGGAUGGUUUUCAAGGCUUAUACCAAGCCACUUCCAACGAUUGGUAGAGGUUAUCAAUGGCUUUGUGACUUUUCGGCUUGGGAAAUCCAACAAACGGCAAUCAACCAAGGCUGAAAAUGGACUCAAUCUUGGGAGAUAUGUCCCUACAUUUUCCGCGCCAGGGACUGUCACGCAUGCGCAAUUGCAUACCGCCCUUCAAGACAACCCAGGCAAAUCUUCAGCAGGUGAAAAUAAGCUGGUCAGCUACGCAGAUGAUUGGCAAAUCCGUGCUGCUGCUCGUGUUAUGGCUCUUCUAUUCCGAGCAAACGGUAUGGGAAACGGCCGAAAGGCCGAGGUUGGCUCCAGUGGAAGAGAAAUUCCAGGCUCUGGUCAGAAUAAUGAUCGCUUGAAUAAGAUUGCUAUAAACCAUUUCUACAACGCACGGCUCGAUUAUGCCGAUCUUAUUCUGGAUUUCGAAGCAUGGGAAUCUCGUAGUGGGAAAUUUUCCUUUUGUCAAUAUUCGUUUUUGCUGAGCAUAUGGGCCAAAAUACAGAUCAUGGAACAUGAUGCGCGUCGGCAAAUGGAGGCCAAAGCUAGAGAAGCAUUUUUUGACACUAUCCUUGGGCGAAGGGGUGUAAGCCAGUAUCUCGUUCUGAAAGUACGAAGAGACUGUUUGGCUGAGGAUAGUUUACAAAGCGUUAGCGCUGUUAUCGGAUCUGCUGAGGAAGACAUCAAAAAGGGGCUACGCAUAGAAUUUGCAGGCGAAGAAGGGAUUGAUGCUGGUGGGCUGCGCAAGGAAUGGUUUCUCCUUCUAGUGAGAGAGGUUUUCGAUCCACUUUAUGGUCUCUUUCUCUAUGAUGAGGACUCUCAAUAUUGCUACUUCAAUCCAUACUGUUUUGAGUCUUCGGAGCAAUUUUUCCUUGUUGGCGUGGUUCUAGGGUUAGCAAUAUACAACUCGACUAUUCUUGAUAUUGCGCUGCCUCCAUUUGCCUUCCGGAAGCUAUUGGCGUAUUCCCCAUCAAACGUUGCGCCUACAUUGUCAUCUCCGCCCCAGCCAUUUAAGCCUACCUUGGAUGAUUUGGCUGAGUUUCGGCCAGCGUUAGCAAAGGGCUUGCGACUGCUCCUCGAAUAUGAUGGUGAUGUUGCAGAAACUUUUUGUCAGGACUUCGUUGUCCAAGUUGAACGCUAUGGCGAAGUGGUCCAAGUCCCUUUAUGUGCUGGGGGAGAGAAUCAAGCAGUGACUAAUGAAAACCGUCGCGAAUUUGUGGAUCUCUAUGUGCGUUACAUCAUUGAUGGGGCGGUAUCCCGACAGUUCGAACCAUUUAGACGUGGAUUCUUUACGGUCUGUGGAGGAAACGCACUGCAUCUUUUUAAGCCCCAAGAAAUCGAGCUUCUCAUCCGCGGCUCGGAGGAGCCUCUUGAUAUACCAUCUCUACGAGGGGUGGCAAUGUAUGAGCAUUGGCCAGCUUCCUCGCCAGAUCGAGAGCCAGUCGUGAAUUGGUUUUGGGAAUUUUUCGAGAGAAUUCCAGCUAAAGACCAACGUAAGAUACUCAGCUUCAUCACCGGCAGUGACAGGCUCCCCGCCAUGGGGGCGGUAAACCUGGUCAUUAGGCUUAUGUGUCUGGGCCCGGACUCAGAGAGAUUCCCAACAGCACGGACAUGUUUCAAUGCACUUGGAUUGUAUCGGUAUAAAACCCGGCAGAAAUUCGAAGAGAAACUUUGGCGCGCGGUAGCUGAGAGCGAAGGCUUUGGGCUACAAUGA